AUGAAAGGUGUGGGCUGCCGGGCGAACUCUUGGCGGCUGCUGUGCACUGGCGAAGAGGAGCUCAAAGCACAGCUCCGGAUCGAGGCUAAAGCCCAGGAGGCCUCAGCAAUGCAGCAGCGCCGCCUCUCGCGUCUUCACUCUCUCGGUGCACGGCUGAUGGCCGGGGUGGUGCGAUCGGCGGCGCAACGCACGAAGGCUGACACCUUCUCGCAAUGGCGCCGCAAGGCGCAGCUAUGUCCACCGCGCACCCGGGAAGCAGUCCGGCAGGAGCCCUCGGAGAGAUGGACGGAGCUGCCUAAAGCGGACUUGCAGAGCGUGGUGCGGAGCGCGCUGCCCUCCACGCCACCCAAGUGGGACCUAGCCAGGGUCGAGCAAAAUGCUAUGCCAGUGCCCUUUGAGAAGGACCUGGCAGACAAGGAAAGCCUCAGCUCGCCUUUGACGCACGAGUCAAGGUUCCUUCCCUGGGGUCGCGUGCCCUUCCCUGACCUCACGGAGCACCUGGAGAACGCAGCUCCUCAGCUUCUGCAGCGUAACUCUGGCAACACCGAGGCGGCCUUGGGGGAGCUGAGGAGAGCAGUGAACCAAGCUCUGCAGGAGAGUGGCUCCAGAUCCCGGCCCAGUCCUGGCGUGGUGCCGCCCAAGCUCCAGGGUGACUUCACUGAGGCUUCUCCAGACAGUCGCAGUCGCCCAGGAGGUGCGGGACUCCUUCCAUCACCACCCCACGAGGUCACGGGAGGCUCAUCCCGGAUGGGCAGGAUCACCCUCUGA